UAAUAAAAAGAAAACCGACAAAAAGGACACUUCUCCCGCCAACGAUUACCUGUUUCUGACAGGCCCAGCAUUUCGAGAUCCAAUACCAUUAACAAUCCUCUACAUCGGCACCCCACCACAAGUCCCUGCUCCUCUCCAAUCAGUGACCGUUAAUUCGUUAUUACAAAACCAUCAAUGUACGAUGAUUGCCGUCCACGCCGAAAGCUAGCUGCACCCGGGCCCAUAGAAUCCUCCGCACGUGCCAACUACACCAGAGUCUGUAUAAACCCGCCCCGCACGUGCCAAUCGAUUAUCUAUCCCUCUCUUCCGAAUGUUUAUCACCUGAGCUCUUUUUUUCUGCAGUCGGAUCCCGCCUCCGAUCUGGAGAAUUUACUGGUUAUUCCGGCGUAAUCGCCGCCGCAGUCAGUAGCGACUGCACAUUUUCCGGCCGAGGAGCUGAGAUUCGAUCCGGCGGCGGCUGAUUGAUAAGAUUCCUGACGGAGAUGGAAUCCAUCUUGGCCCGAGCUCUGGAGUACACGCUGAAAUAUUGGCUGAAAUCGUUCACCAGAGAUCAGUUCAAAUUGCAGGGGCGCACCGUACAACUUUCUAAUUUAGAUAUAAAUGGAGAUGCGUUACAUGCAAGCAUUGGAUUACCGCCGGCGCUGAAUGUCACCACCGCCAGAGUUGGGAAAUUGGAAAUUAUACUUCCUUCAGUGAGCAAUGUACAAGUAGAACCAAUUGUGGUGCAAAUUGAUAGGCUUGACCUUGUCUUGGUGGAAAAUGAUGAUGUAGAUGCAUCUGAUAACUCAAGCAGUGUUUCGUCCUCAACAAGUGCUUCGAAGGGUUCUGGCUACGGUUUCGCCGACAAGAUUGCAGAUGGAAUGACGUUACAAGUUAGGACUGUGAAUCUCUUACUUGAAACUCAUGGUGGAGCUCGGCACAGAGGAGGAGCAACUUGGGCAUCACCAAUGGCUUCCAUCACCAUACGCAACCUUCUUCUCUACACAACCAAUGAAAGCUGGGAGGUUGUAAAUCUCAAGGAAGCAAGGGACUUUUCAAGUGACAAGAAGUUCAUAUACGUGUUCAAAAAACUUGAAUGGGAACAUUUGUCUGUUGACCUCCUGCCUCAUCCGGAUAUGUUCACAGAUGCAAACUUUUCAGAUUCUCAACAAGGGUCUACCAAAAAAGAUGAAGAUGGUGCAAAGCGAGUAUUUUUUGGCGGAGAACGGUUCAUUGAAGGAAUCUCGGGAGAGGCCUAUAUUACAAUUCAAAGAACAGAGCUAAAUAGUCCCCUAGGGCUUGAAGUUCAAUUGCAUAUUACAGAAGCUGUUUGCCCUGCUUUAAGUGAACCAGGAUUACGAGCUCUUCUCCGUUUCUUUACGGGAUUGUAUGUAUGUUUAAAUAGAGGAGAUGUGAAUCCAAGUGCUCAGCAACGAUCUGCAGAAGCAGCUGGUCGUUCAGUAGUUUCUUUAACUGUGGAUCACAUAUUUCUCUGCAUAAAGGAUGCUGAAUUCCGGCUUGAACUUUUGAUGCAAUCGCUAUUCUUCUCUCGGGGGAGUGUUUCUGAUGGUGAAAACACAAAAUAUUUGACGCGGGUUAUGAUAGGUGGAUUUUUUUUAAGGGACACAUUUUCACGUGCUCCAUGCACCUUAGUACAGCCAUCAAUGCAGGAUGCUCCAGUUGAUACAGCAAAUGUUCCAAUCUUUGCUACAAACUUCUGCCCUCCAAUAUAUCCCCUGGGAGACCAACAUGGGCAAUUAAACUGCAGUGUGCCUCUGAUUAGUCUCCAUUGUCUCCAGCUAUUGCCUUCUCCAAGCCCACCAACUUUUGCUUCCAGGACUGUUAUUGAUUGUCAGCCACUAAUGAUUCAUCUUCAGGAAGAAUCCUGUCUGAGGAUAUCAUCCUUUUUGGCUGAUGGCCUUGUUGUUAAUCCUGGCACUGUCCUCCUGCCAGAUUUCUCAAUCAAUUCCCUUGUUUUUAAUCUGAAAGGUUUAGAUGCUACCAUUCCAGUUGAAAUAGGAAAACCAGACCAGUCAUCUGGAGACAGGCCAUUUGACAGUUCUUUUGCUGGGGCAAGGCUUCAUAUUGAAGAGUUGAUGUUUUCUGAAUCACCUUCCUUAAAACUAAGGUUACUUAACCUUGAAAGGGAUCCUGCAUGCUUCUGUCUUUGGGAAAACCAACCAGUUGAUUCCAGCCAGAAGAAAUUGACUGCUGGAGCUUCUUUAAUUAGUUUGUCUUUGGAGACUAACUUAACUGGGAAGGACAGUUCCUCGGUGAAGUCAGGUUUAUGGAAAUGUGUUGAGAUGAAAGACGUGUGUCUUGAGGUAGCUAUGGUAACUGCAGAUGGUAGCUCUUUAACGAAUAUUCCUCCUCCAGGAGGGGUGGUCAGAGUAGGGGUUGCUUGUCAACAAUAUAUUUCAAACACUUCGGUGGAGCAACUAUUCUUUGUUCUUGAUCUUUAUGCUUAUUUUGGAAGGGUUAGUGAAAGGAUAGCUCUAGUAGGGAAAAACAAAACCCUAGAGGAAACGAGAAAUGAUUCUAUGGGUGGAAACAUUAUGGAAAGAGUUCCUGGUGAUACAGCUGUAUCUCUAGCAGUGAAGGAUCUGCUGCUAAGAUUCUUGGAAUCUUCUUCCUCUUGCACCGGGGGUAUACCUCUAGUUCGUUUUAUCGGUGAUGAUCUAUCCAUCAAAGUCAGUCAUAGAACUUUAGGUGGUGCAAUAGCAAUUUCGUCCAAUUUACGGUGGGAGAGUGUCGAGGUGGACUGCACAGACACUGGGGAUGACUUCAGACAUGAACAUGGUCCCGAUUCGGCUCUUCUCGGAAAUGGUCAUCUGGAUGGGAAAGAAUGGGAUCAGCUAAGAGCAGUCUUUUGGGUUCAAAAUAGUAUGAUUUAUCAAUCAAAGAUUAGUACCGUGGUUCCAUUUCUGGACAUAUCCAUGGCCCAUGUGAUUCCAUAUAGUGCACAAGAUAUCGAGUGUCACAGUUUAAAUGUGUCGGCUUGUAUAUCUGGUAUCCGGCUUGGUGGAGGAAUGAAUUAUGCCGAAUCUCUACUUCAUAGGUUUGGGAUUCUUGGCCCUGAUGGUGGGCCGGGGGAGGGUCUUACGAGAGGAUUAGAGCAUUUGUCUGGUGGGCCUUUAUCGAAGCUUUUUAAAGCAUCACCCCUCAUGAUGGAAGGGCUUAAAGAGAAUGGAACUUCGGAAAACGGAAAUGACAGAAGCCUCUUGCAUUUGGGCGCACCUGAUGAUGUGGACGUAUCAAUCGAGUUAAAAGAUUGGUUAUUUGCUCUUGAAGGUGCAGAGGAGAUGGCAGAUAGAUUCCGCUUUCAUGAUUCUGAAGAUUCUCAUAGAGAAGAGAGGAGCUGGCAUACGACUUUUCAGAGAGUACAGCUCAAGGCGAAAAGCAGCCCGAAGCGUGUAACUGUUCGUGACGUAAGAUCAAGUGGGAAGCAGAAAUAUCCCAUAGAAUUGAUUACUGUUGGCAUGGAAGGCUUACAGAUCUUAAAGCCAACAGCUCGCGCUGAAAACGGGCUCCUACAAAACGGUUCCCUCGAAACUAAAAAGCAAAUCGUUGACAAAAGUGGGGGCAUUAAUGUGGCGGUUGACAUUGUGACUUCUGGAGAAGAUUUCGAUGAUACAACAGCCAAGUGGGUGGUGGAAAAUUUGAAAUUCUCCGUGGACAAGCCGAUCGAGGCUGUAGUGAAGAAAGACGAACUGCAAUAUCUUGCUCUCUUGUGCAAAUCCGAGAUCGACUCUCUAGGUAGAAUGGCUGCUGGAGUUCUACGAAUCCUCAAAUUAGAAGGAUCGGUUGGUUCAGCAGCAAUUUCUCAACUAAGUAACUUAGGAAGUGAAAGUUUCGACAAGAUAUUCACCCCGGAAAAGUUAAGCAGAGAUAAUAGUGUUAGCGAUGAUAUGGAAUCAACGGUGGCUUCUCUGGAGAAAGCAGUUUUGGAAUCACAGACGAAGUGUGCUGCUCUUGCAAAUGGAUUGAGUUGUCCAGAAUCUUCCGACGAAUACAUUGAUAAUGUUAAACAGCUGAGUGAGAAACUCGAGAGCAUGCAGAAAUUAAUCGGCCAAUUAAGAACUCGAUACUGAGAAGAAAAAAAUCGGAUUUUUUUUUUUUGUUGUAGAAGAACUGAAGAACUGUAUUUAUAUAUAGUGUGGAAUCGGCAUACAGUAUUUUGGCAAAUUUUUGUUGUAUAUAAUAUAAAACUUACAAAAACAACUUAUGGUGUAUCGACCAUUUUUGUGGAGAUGUAAAAAUGCCUGUAAAGGCAAUAUAUAUGAUAAGAAAAUUUUGAAUUCGAUAAAUGAUGUAACCGUAUUGUAUUGAGUGAAAGCUCGGUUUCGUGUUUCGGUUUCGUUUUCUUGAAUUUGAUGAUGAUUUGAAUAAGGAUUUUCUCUCUC